AUGGCACCCCUUUUGGAAGAGGAGGAGAAUUAUGUACGAUUAGCUUUGUUAUUGAAAGGAGUGGCACCAAGAGCAGUUCGUACUUAUUUUGACAGAGAAUUUCCACCUACUCAUCUACCUUUAACACUGCAUACAAACUACAACACUCUUUAUGACUUGAAAUUAAAGAGAGUUUUUAACCAGGCUCAAUGGAAUCUGUUGUUUCCAAGAAAUGGUGUACCCGUUUCCACAACAUUUGAUGUAACAUUGAUGAUUUGCUUGAUCAGAAACCUGACAUCAGUUACUCAGCCAAUCAAUGGCUUUGACAGCUUACCACUACCAGUGGAGACAACUCCAGGACCUGAUCUAGCAAGGAUUAAAUGGUACAGGAAUAUAUUAGCUCAUCAUGAUAGUAACAAAAUGGCCACUGUUGAUUUCAAUACAGCAUGGAGUAAUAUAUCUAAUGCAGUAAGUAGACUCGGAGGUCAGCCAAUGAAUCAAGAGUGCCAAGAGUUAAAGGUUAAAAUAUUAGAUCAGUCCAAUCAAGAAAUUAUGUUGGAAAUCAAACAUUCACAGGAAAAGAUAAAAGAAUUAGGACAAACAGUGGAUAUUUUGGGGACAAAACACUCAGAAGUGACGGAAAAUCUGAGGAAGUUACAAGUUUCCCACAGUAGUUUACAGACUGAACACACGGAAGUCACAGAACUUUUGAGAGACCCAAUACCGUGGAACAUCAGAGAUCAAAUUAAAGAGGAAUUAAAAACUUGGACAGAAGAUGACAAAAUGUUUAUAGAAACAAAUGGAGCAAAGAGUGUAUUAAAAUGUAUCAAAGAAAAUGGUUGCGUUUUUGUCACUGGAAGUUCGGGAACAGGAAAAUCAUCAUUGAUGCGUCAUGUUGCUCUACGAAUGCAAGAAGAAGGCUAUGUUAUUUUACCGGUAACAAACCCUGAAAAUAUUAUCAAGUGGUUCAAUCCAAGUAAGAAAAUCCUGUUUGUUAUUGAUGACUUUUGUGGAACAUAUACCAUAAAUCCUAUGAAGUUAGAAAGCUGGAAAAAUCUCAUGGAAAAAAUCAAAACAUUAAUAGAAAAAAAACCAGUCAAAUUAAUCAUGUCUUGUAGACUUCAGGUUUUUAAGGAUGAAAAAAUGAAAUCUUUAUCUUUUAAUCAGUCCUGUGAAUGUAAUCUUUUGUCAGAAGAUAAACACUUAUCAGAAACAGAAAAACAAUCUAUUGCUGAACUUUACUUGAAAUCAAACGCGUCUAAGAUCAAGAAAUUUUAUGACAAAUUUGACUGUUUUCCUCUUUUAUGUCAAUUGUACAGCAAAAACACCAAUCUGAGAAUGGAGGAUUUCUUUCAGAAUCCAUUUACAGUUUACAAAGAGGAGAUAGAUACAUUACAAACAGAGGGAGCACAUGUCAAGUACUGUGCACUUGCUCUUUGUGUGAUGUUUAACAAUCGUUUAAAAGAAAAAUGGCUCACUGAAGAUGUUGAUAAAGAUAUUAAAACAAUUAUAGAGAACACAUAUGAAGCUUGUAAAGUAGUGAAAGGAACAGCCCGGUUAGUUAUUCGUGAUGAGCUGGAUUCAUUAACUCAUACGUUUAUCAGAAAGGAUGGUGAAGUGUACAGAACUAUUCAUGACAAGCUGUUUGACUUUCUUGCUUUUUACUUUGGCAGUGUUAUGAUUUAUUGUUUAAUUAAUAAUGCUUCAAGUCAUUUUAUUCGUGAAAGGUUUGUUUUUGAAAAAAAAGACAAAAGAGAUGAAUUUUUAAUAGAUGUAUCAGAAAGAUAUCAGCAAAUGUAUAUACAUAGAUUGGUAGACGACUGGUUUAGAGGAAAGAUAGCAGAUGUCUUCUGUAACAUCAAUAUGAAUGAUCAAAUCUUCAGACAAAGAAUCCUUGUACAUUUAAAAGAUUUAGAAAUAUCAAAACAGAAACAAUUGGCAAGUCUAUAUGACACACAAUAUCAAGACACUCCAUUAAUACAGAGUUGUUAUGACGGAGAUAUUGAUCUGGUUACAUGGUGCUUACGUCAUUGUACCAAUAAUGUAAACCAUUGUAGACAUACUGGAGCAUCACCUAUGUUCUUGGCUUGUCAGAAUGGACAUACUGAAGUAGUACAGAUGUUAAUAAACAAUAAGGCAGACAUUAAUAAAUGUCGUAAUGAUGGAAUAUCAUCUCUGUUCAUUGCUUGUCAGGAAGGACAUACUGAAGUAGUACAGAUGUUAAUAAACAAUAAGGCUGACAUUAAUAAAUGUCGUAAUGAUGGAGUAUCACCUCUGUUAUAUACUUGUCAGGAAGGACAUACUGAAGUAGUACAGAUGUUAAUAAACAAUAAGGCUGACAUUAAUAAGUGUGAUAAUAAUGGAGCAUCACCUCUGUACAUUGCUUGUCAGAAAGGACAUACUGAAGUAGUACAGAUGUUAAUAAACAAUAAGGCUGACAUUAAUAAGUGUAGAGAUACUGGAGAAUCCCCCAUAUUGAUAGCUUGUUAUAAAGAUUAUAUAGAGAUUGUUGAAUUGCUACUAAAACAUGAAGCAGAUUGUAACAUUAAAUGGAGAGGACUAACACCACUUGAUAUUGCAAGCAGAGAAAAUCAUACCAAUAUUGUACAUUUGUUAAAAAAAAUAGAAAUAAUAUAAUAGAAGUUCGGCGAACAUGAUAAAAUAUAUCAAUAGAACUAUUCUGCUUAUUAUAUAAUUAAACAAAAUAAACCUGCUAUCAUUAAAUAUAAUUGCUAGCUAGAAGAGAAAAAAAUACCUAUGUUGUUGUUUGUUAAAGAGACUAAAUAGAUAAAAACUGUGAUGUGUAUAUUAAACAUAUAUGAUUUCACAGCACAUUUAACUUAUUGACCAUAAACAUUGCUAAAUGGAAAAUAACUCUCAAAAUACUUUUGUUA